CUGUAGCUUUCCAUCCACCUUCCACGCAAAACUAUUAGGCGUAUUCCCCCCCUCACCGCCCUCUGCGGCUGCUGAAGCAGUGGAUCAAACAACAACGCUAACACUGGAGCGAUAAAAUUAACAACGGGGGCUCCCGUUUAAAGCGCCACAGCUAGCUGAUCAGCCAGCGCAGUGUCUACACUUGCGUCUCUCUGAAGCGAUUUUGUUUCAGAGUAGUGCAAAUUGAUAACCAAGACGCCACUGCCGCCGCAGAGCCACCAAGAAAAUCACCACAAAUCGAAACAAAAUGGUGCAAAAUAAGAUCACCGAAGUAACAGGAUUCCACCGCUCUUUCAAGGGUCAAAAUCCCUUUGAAUCAGAGGACUUUACUAAAAAUGGAUCCCAUCUUAUUGAUUCAUCAUUUGAUUUUGGUUCCUCCCCAAGACACGACAUGCCUUCCAGCCAACCUAUUGACAUUCCUGAUGCCAAGAAGAGAAACAAGAAGAAGAAGCGUUGCCGGGCAACUGACAGUUUCUCUGGACGAUUUGAGGAUGUCUACAGGCUGCAAGAAGAGGUACUAGGAGAGGGCGCUUAUGCCAGAGUGCAAACAUGCAUCAACCUCAUAACCAACAAAGAAUAUGCUGUCAAGAUAAUUGAAAAAAGGCCAGGUCACAGCCGCAGCCGUGUCUUCCGUGAGGUUGAGAUGCUCUACCAGUGCCAGGGUCACAGGAACAUCCUGGAACUUGUGGAGUUCUUUGAGGAAGAAGACAAAUUCUACCUGGUCUUUGAAAAGCUUAGAGGAGGGUCAGUUUUGGCACAGAUUCACAAGAGACAACACUUCAGUGAGCAAGAAGCCAGUGUUAUUGUUCAUGACAUUGCCAGCGCUCUAGAUUUUCUUCACAACAAGGGAAUGGCACAUAGAGACCUGAAACCUGAAAACAUUCUUUGUGAGAGUGCAGACAAGAUUUCCCCAGUCAAGAUCUGUGACUUUGACUUGGGAAGUGGGAUCAAGCUCAACAGUGACAGCUCUCCCAUCUCUACCCCUGAACUCCUCACUCCUUGUGGUUCAGCAGAGUACAUGGCACCUGAGGUAGUUGAGGCCUUCAGUGAAGAGGCUACAAUUUACGACAAGCGUUGUGACCUGUGGAGCCUUGGAGUCAUUCUCUACAUCAUGCUGAGUGGCUACCCACCUUUUGUAGGCCGCUGUGGUGGUGACUGUGGAUGGGAAUUGGGAGAACCCUGCCACACCUGCCAGAACACUUUGUUUGAAAGUAUCCAAGAAGGAAAGUACGAGUUUCCAGAAAAGGACUGGGCUCACAUCUCCUCAAGUGCCAAAGAUCUGAUAUCUAAACUUCUGGUUCGAGAUGCCAAAAAUCGCCUGAGUGCCAGCCAGGUGCUACAGCACCCCUGGGUGCAAGGGGGUGCAUCUGACACUUUACCAACAUCUGUCUUGCAUCAGAGGUACGAAGAUAUUUGGACUUAUAAAAGAACCAGCACUACCAGGGAUCUGACCUUCUUCGCUGACAAAGCUAUGGCUGUAAACCGGCAGCUGGCUGAACAGGACGGCAUGGAAGACCAACAGCAGCAGGAAAUCCCAUUUGUUGUUACUGCCACUGGCUCUUCUAUGCGCCUCUCUCCUCCUUCCAACUCCAAGCUGGCCCGGCGCAGGCAGCGAAGCAGCCAGCCAAAAGGAGGGCCUGUUUCUGCUGCGGAGCUACGUCAACUCUUGGCCCCUCUUGUUAUUGUUGGUGACUGUGCCUGAACUUUGUUAACCUGGAAAUCUGAUGCUCAUUUAAAAAUCAAGAUCCAGAUCAAAGACUGCCCUGAGACUCCUUCUCCCCAGUUCUGGCUCCAUUCUCCGACUAGCUGGCCUUGGUCCCCUGCAAUUCAGGCUUUAAUGCCACUGUAAAGGAAGAUGCUGCUUGCAGCCUUUUCUCUAAAUGCCUUCUGCCCUUAUGCAGCACUUCUGAAGCACAUCAGCACAGGGCCUGCAUAGAAAAACACACAAUGUGGAUGUUCAGGUGGAGGAGAAGGGCCAAUUAAUUAUUUGGGAGAACCCCCCACCCCCCCGCCCCCCCUUCCUCUCUCUUCUUCCAUACAACCCAGUUCAGAAGAAGUCGGAACAUUUUUCUUUGAAACUAAGCUCAGACACCAAAGGACAACCUGUUGUGCUGCUCCCAUGUUACAACUGGAUCCACUGUGAAUUAAGUUAUCUGGAAUGUUCUCUUUGCCUGUAUGUAUAUGCAUGAAUGGCCCAUCUGCAGAUACAUACAAGCUUAUGCAAUAUGCCAAGAUGAAGGCUGUUCUGUAUCAAAAGGAUUUGGUACAUGGGGUUGAAAGGGCUGUAAGCCAAUGCUGUCUGUGCCUGGUACGGUCCAUUAUGUGGCUGGGGACUCCCUUAAAGAUUUUGUUUUCCUAUAUUGAAGAUUAUUCCUCACAUCUGAGCCUGUUCUGUAAAUGUCUGAGAUGGCAUGUGCACUCAUCUAGCUUGGUGGCCAUGCACUUAAUGCUUCAAGAGCAAAGAAUGUUCACCUGUGCCCUACAAGCUAUAACUUAGUGUUUAACCAAUCCACAGUUUCGUUAUGACCAUUUGUCAAAUGAUUAGUGGUUACAGCAGUCCUAUUGGAGACUGUAAGGCUAGUCUAAAGUUACAAAAAACAAGUUGAUCUAUAGCCACCCAACAGCAAAAUUCUGAGCUUGUAUUUCUGGUAUAUUUGAACAGGCAAAUUCUAGAUAAUGUUAAAUGGCUUCACAAAUGAAAUUGGGUCAGUGUUACUUUACUUAUAAAGAAUGUGGCAUGUCCCCUUGCUACAACUGUUUUUUUUUUUUUUGUUUUGUUUUGUUUUGUUUUGUGUAUAUAUUUUUUUUCACCCUUUUUUUUCCCCCUACAGGUGAAUUUGAAUCAUAUAUGCUCUUGAAGAUUUUUUUUCCAGUAAAGGGGUUCAAAAAGCACAUUUUGACCACUCUGACCAGAGUGUUAUUUGUUGAUCAAAUACAUUUAAGUUAUUUGGACCAUUUUCUUCUGGGUUGUUGCCAUCUCCCCCUCUCCUCUGGUAGGUGUGUUUUGGAGACAUGAAACACACAUUUUCAGAACAAAGCAUUUAUUAAUAAAGCAGGUGAGAUUAAAAAAAAUUUAAAAUGGAAAAACAUUCCAAAAAAAAAAAAAAGAGAACUCCAGACAUUUAGCUGUAUUAAGUUUAUUUUUCAUGUUUGAAAACUCCAUAUCAAUGUGCCACUUCCCUCUCUUUUUAUAUGGCUGUUAAUAAGCUUUUUUUUUUUUUUUUUUUUUUUUUUUUUUUUUUUAAUGCAGGUGCUGUUUAGGUGGAAUACCAGAUAUUUUCUUUUUAACCUUUUUUUUUGUUUUGUUUUUAAGUUCAGAGUAUGUGAUGUAUGAGGUGAGAUGUAAAGUUUGAGUUUGAUACAGAGCAUUUAUGCCCAAGAAAGGCAAGGUUUUAAUUUUUUUUUUUUUUUUUUUUUUUUAAAUGCGUAAGAGUUGGCAAUAAUCAUUGUUUUUCAGAUAAGUUAAAGCUCAUUCUGUAAUGGCCAGGUAAUGGACUGGUGAUGAGGUCUCAGCACUGUAGCCAUUUCACCAAAGAGGGUUCAAGUCAUGACAUUGAACAUAUAAUCCAUCAUCAAGAAGCGAGGAACUUCUGAUUGUCCAUGUCCUGUUGCCAGCACUGCAGUGACGGUACUCUGUAAAUGGUGUCAAAGCACCCAUUAUGCUGAUAAAAGGACACGGUAAUAGUUCUAAAAAUACCUUUUUCUACAGAUGCAUCAUUAUGGGGUUUAUGUCUUAUAAUAAGACUUACUUGAAUUUGUGUAUGCAGCCGUUUCUUCAGUUUUGGAAACUACUUUGCUAUUGGUAAUCCUAAAGCAUUAAGCUGAGGAUCAAGGCAAUCUGGGGGGUGGGGUGAAAAUGAAAAUAGCUAUCCAGUUCAGUAUUCUGCCUUUUUCUCCCUCUGAGCUUCAUACAAACUAGUCAAUCCUUUUUGAUAGGAUUGGACUCUUAAAAUGCACAGACUUUGGCCAUACUCUGUAAUAUCCUGACAGGUAUAGUAAGAGUUUUCUUGGUCAUGACCAUUUCUACUUUCUGUCAAAUGGCAGUUUUUUUUUUUUGUUUGUUUUUUUUGGGGGGGGGGACUGCCUUUUUAGUGUGGUGAGAGGGAGGGAGCGAGAGACUACACGGUAUUCUACAGCCUCUCUAUUUUAAUAUUCUGUCAUUUUGAAGUAAAAGUGUUCAAAUUCAGUCAUUCAAAUGGACAGUAUCGCCACCCUCCUCACAGUUUGAAUGUAGCCAACAGGCACAAUGCAAUCCAGCAACAUUGAUCCCAUGAUCAAUAAAUGGCUCUUCUUUAUAAGCAUGGUGUGGGGUUAUUCUGUUUAUACUGACAGUCCUCAAGCAUUUUAAACUGAUAACUGAUUUUAACACUGAAUUACCCCAAGCCCAUUUUGUUUAGGGAAAAAAGUUCAAAAGUCCUUCAAGUACAAAAUAUUGAUUUUAAAAUAUGCACUUUACUGUACCAUGUGAAUGAUUGCUGUUCACUCAAGGCAACGUUUAUGAUAGUUGAUACAGAAUUUUGUAUUGUUUUU